GACAAAUGAAAUGUCAUUUUUCUCAAGAAUGUAUUCUUCUUGGUCAAUUAAAAGAUGGAACUUAUGUUACUCAUCUAUAAAACCUUCUCUAUUACCCUCCAAUAACUGAUCGUUAUUAGUCUCUUUCUUUUCUUUUUUUCAUCACCUCCCCAUAUUUGUUUUGGAAUUAAUUCAAUUUUCUAUCUCAAAAUGAACAGCUUUGUUAAAUUGAAAGAACCUUCGGUUGUUCGCACCUAUGACCAAGAUGGAUUCAGGAAACGAGCUUCCUGUGUGUGUGUCAAUGAAGAUGAAACUAAGGUGCUGCUGGUGACAUCACGGAAGGAUCCUAGCUUAUGGAUUGUCCCGGGAGGAGGCGUAGAGCCUGACGAGUUGGCUCCCAUUGCUGCAGUCAGAGAAGUCAAGGAGGAAGCGGGUGUCUGUGGCAAGCUGAGCCGAUGCUUGGGGGUUUUUGAAAACAAGGAAAGGAGGCAUCGCACUAGUGUCUUUGUGAUGGAAGUCACUGAAGAGUUAGAAGAGUGGGAUGAAUCUCGUUCAUUUGGUCGUCAACGGCAGUGGUUUACUGUGGAGGCUGCUGUUAGUGCUUUGCAUAAACCUCUGCAAAGCAACUAUGUGAAGCUGCUGUUGCCCCCAAGCCACCGCUACCACACUUGUCCCCCACACCCGCAUGUUGAGCCCAUCAGCUCCUCUCCUGACGCGGUCAUGUCUUCAGCUGACACUCAUGGAGACUUGAUUGAUGACCAUGGGCAACCCUCCUCAUGUCACGAGUCUCUGUGCAAAAGCAACAGCAGCGGCAGUGGCACUGACGACGAACACAACCAUCACAAGCAGUGCGCUGCUCCUGUGCCUGCGGAGUGCAAGGAGCCCUGCCAGUUGAUGACUGCAAGUCCUGGGUCUUCAUCUCUCACUGCCUCCAUGUCUACGGGCUAGGAGAAUAAUUUGAUUUGUAUAUUUUUUUUCAAAUUAAGCGUUGCUGUGCUAAUUUAACUGUAAUUGUAAAAAUUCAUUGUGUAAAGUAUUAUCAAAUUCAUUUGAAUAACUACCAUUGAAUACAUUUUUCUUGUAAUGAGCUUCAAUUAGGCCUUUAUGUCACUUAUAUUUUGAUGUCAAGUGCUCUGAAGGAUUCAAGUAAUUUUUGGUUUAUUUUUGGUGUUUAAAUCCUAAAUUAAUAGAUUAGAAUAGAAUACAUUUUAAAGAACAGUGCGGUUAGGUUCCACCGAUCUCAGAGUUAUUAUUCUGAAUGUACUGAAUUUACCCCUCGUUUAUAGAGCUCUUGUACUAUACCAAACAUAACAGUAUUUCUUACUGGUUCUAUUUAUAUCGACGGAUUGUGGUCGCUUCUUCUGUCAAAUUUACUGGUUGUAUCACUGUUGAUUGUGAUCAGCAUUAGAAGCUAAGAACGCUUGUGUACAUGUGCCGUCGAAUUAUCAAUCCGUAAUACAGCUUCUUUGGCGUAACGUUCUUAUUUUAAUGGCUGUGGCUUGUUUGAGCUUACAUGGGAAUUAAAAAAAAAAAGUGAAUCAGUGUGAAAUAAUUUCCUUGUGCUUGAGCCUCUGGUCUGAGCUAUAAUCGUGAUCAACAUGCUUCAAAAAAAUUGUGGCCUAUUGCUGUCAAAUAUUCCUUUUCAUGAUUAAUCACUAUUAUACAUGUAUAACACUUUCAAAAUCAUCAUUCCAAGCCGUGCAUUGUAUCUUCAUAUGUUCGCAUUUCAAGCUAGUCAUCGGUUUAUUUACUGUCAGUUCUGUCUUAAUUUUGCUUUAUGCCUCAACUCAAUUACUAUUUCUAAUCACAUGACGACUUUGAGAAAGUUUUCCUUAAAAUAUCCAAGCAUUUAUUAAAUGUAUAGGCUUGUUGUAGCGAGGACAGCUCUGCGUCGCUGCUGCUACUGUCUUGAUUUCUCAUCAUGCCGUCCCAUGUAUGCACUUGCCUUAAGUUGAAAGCUAUCGCCAAAAAUCUUAGCUGUAAAACCCGUUAUAUUUAUUUUGGCUUAGCUUUUGCCAGCACGUUAUAAUAUUCAUUCAUUUUUGUUAUAAAUACGGAUGAAUGCUAACUAUCUUGAAUGUUUAUGUAAAACUGAUGACGUAUAUUUCGUUUAUUUGAUUUAGAUGUAGUCCCAGCUGAUGAAAUUGAGACUUAGAAGCAAUUUCUAGGUGUGUCCUAAGAAAAUUUGCUGGGAGUUCUCAAUUAUGGAAUUAUAUUCAUAGGUACGUGAGCGAGUGAGUAGACAGGGAGGUAGAAUUCCUUAUAUUUUCCUUCUCUUUCAAUCUCGUGCGAAUUCUAUCAAAGUGUUUGUUCAUAUUGCCAUUCGCCUAGCCCUUCUUCGUUUUUUAGUCUUUUCGCAAUAAUGUCUUCUCCUUCAUGCAAGCCUCAGCGCUUGGGAUAUUUACGACCUUACGCCACUUGUUGGUGUUGUAUAUUUUCUUUCAAUUCUAGAGAACUUUUCCCGAAGCACUAGUAAACUUGUGGCCAAUCUACUACUAUUAUCACUUCCUUUUCUAAUUUAUGUUCCACUCAUGAUAUAUAGGCCUAUCGUAUUCAACUACUUGCUCUGCAAUAGAGUGGAGCUAAAACGUUUACUUUGCAGUUACGAAGCUUUACUCCAUCAAGUCUUAUGAAAUUUUGAAGAAUAUUUUCCGUGCUGUCAGGAGAUCAAGACUGAGGGGAGCUCUCAGUAUCAAUACAGUGGCCAGAACGCCAUUAUUUAUGAAAAUGUAGUUUUUCUCAACGAAUAUAAGCUUCUUUUGCUCCACUAUAUUCCAAAAAAUGUCGGAGCAGAAUUGUCCUGCCUUCCGCGCUUUCCUGCGACACCUCCAACUGUUCAGUUGACUGUUUUGUUACUGCGUCUUUCUUCAAAGGCCGUACGCCCAGUCCUCCUAGCGCACGUCAUGCGUGUGAGAUGGUUUUGUAGGCUCAUUCUACUCAAAUUUGUACAACGUUGAUCAACUACCUAGGUGUAUUUGCCAGUAGUAGCAUCAUUAUUAGCUGAAUUAAAAUUUAUGGAUGCACGCAUUUCGAUGGUUUUGUACUGAAUUAGUUUAAUACUAAAUCGGAAGAUCUUACUGAUUUUUGUUAAUCUUCGGCUGAUCUGCUGGAUAGUUUAGAUUUUGCGGUUUGAAAUGUGAGCGAAAUAUUUUACUGGCAAAAUGUUAAUUUUUAUCCUUGGUAAAUUUUCCUGAUAAUUAUUUUAUGUUUCUCCUGCGCAAAUUGUUCAAUAACUUGACUCUUCCUCGUGACGUUAGUACAGGGUGCGG